GAGAGGUGGAGAGAGGAGAGAUAUUAAGUGAGUAGUCUCAGCUGCAGUGAGCGUUAUAGGCUGAAGGAAGAGAACACCAUGCCUCGCCGGGAGGGACAGCGCUCCGGCACCACCUCCACCCACAUGCUCUCACCACCACGACCGGACUCUGGCAGCUAUAAUUAAGACCAGCUAGCGUGUGACUCUCUGAAGAAGACGCAAAGCACAGCCAAUCAAAAACAUGUCAGACAGCAAGGUUAAAAACCAACAAAACUUUGCGUCUGAGACUGAGAUAGGUGAAAAUUGUACCUGGAUCUAAUAAUGGAGGACCCUUCUUCUGCCUCGUCGGUCCCCUGCUCCCUGCCCUCAGGCCUGGACCCUCCUCCUCCCCACCAGGGGGUUGGCACUGGCAGCAGCAUGAGUGCCCAGGAGAUGUCGCCCGCCGUUGGCAUGCUGACGCCGGGACGCGUGCACAUGCUUUACAUCUCCAUGGAGAGCACCAUUGCGCUGGCCUCUGUGCUGGGCAACGUGCUGGUGGUCCUUGUCGUGGGGGUGAACCACUCGCUGCGUGACCCCACCUUCUGCUUCAUCGUGUCGCUGGCGCUGGCCGACAUCGCGGUGGGCGUGCUGGUCAUCCCCCUGGCCGUGGUGAUCAGCCUGGGCCUGCAGACCUCCUUCCACACCUGCCUCUUCCUCUCCUGCCUGCUGCUCAUCAUCACCCAGAGCUCCAUCCUCGCGCUGCUGGCCAUCGCCAUCGACCGCUACCUCCGCGUCAAGAUCCCCACCAGGUACGGCAGCAUCGUGACUCAGCGUAAGGCGUGGCUGGGCGUGUGUGCGUGUUGGCUCCUCUCAACUCUGGCUGGCGUGGUGCCCAUGUUCGGCUGGCACCAGCCCCUCCAUCCUCAUCAUCAUCAGCAGCAGCAUGGCGGCGGCGGCGGCGGCAGCAUCAGCAACGUGAGCGCCCACUAUGACGACUAUGACGACCCCAUCGAGUGCCAGUUCAUGGCGGUCAUGAGCCUGGACUACAUGGUCUACUUCAACUUCUUCGGCUGGGUGGUGGUGCCGCUGAGCAUCAUGAUCGCGCUGUACGCCGAGAUCUUCCGCGUGAUUCGCCGGCAGCUGGAGCGGCGCGCCGAGGCCACGGCCGACGCCGCCCGCUACUACCGCAAGGAGCUGAAGCUGGCCAAGUCGCUGGCGCUGGUGGUGUUCCUGUUCGCCCUCUGCUGGCUGCCGCUGCACGUCAUGAACUGCGUGACCUUCUUCUGCCCCGGGUGCCCCGUGCCGCCCAGCGUCCUCUUCACGGGCAUCCUCAUGUCGCACAUCAACUCGGCGCUCAACCCGCUGGUGUACGCCUUCCGCAUCCAGCGCUUCCGGACCACGCUGCUCCACAUCGCACGCCGGUGCUGUGUGCUGUGCCGAGAUCCCGGGUCAAGCGUCUACCAGUCCACUCACCCGACCAUCACGGAGAAAACGGCGGUGCAUCCAUAGAUGCAGUGCCAUUGACCCUACAGUAUAGUUUAUUUCUACGUGUAUCGGGCACGUCCGGCGGUGGGUGCUGUCCCGAGAUCCGGGCCUGCAGUGCAGUCCACUCACUCAACCAUCACAGAGAAAACAGCCAGAGAGAGUAGAUAAGAGAGAGGUUCCUCUGGCCCAUUGUUUCCGGGUUCUAUUAUUGCAAGGGGGAGGGGGGGAAAUCCCCCUUUAGGCAGACCUAGGCAGACCUAAGGACUGUUCUAUUCAAUGCUAGGAGUAUUAUGACACGCCCCUUUAGGCAGACCGGAACCUGGUCAUGUUAGGUACCCAUAGCAACCUAUCACAUUGGCAUAUCUCUAUAUACUUAGAGAAUCUCUGGUUAUACUAAUGUAGGUGUGUGCUGUGCCCAGACCCCGGCUCCAAUGCAGACCACUCACCCGACCAUCACAGAGAAAACGCCAUGUAGUGCCAUGGACCCUAUAGUUUAUACAUCAUCUAUAGGGGACAACCAUCGGUGUGUUGUGCCGGAUUCAAAGCAGUCCACUCACCCUACCAGAGAAAACAAAGGUGCACCUGUAGACACAGAGCCAUGUAAAGGGCAAGUCUGCCGGUGUGUGCUGUGCCAAGAUCCCAGCCUCAAUGCAGUCCACUCACCCACAGAAACCACUGAUGUUAUACUAUUGUAGGUGAUUGAUGUGCUGAGAUCCCGGCAGAGAUCCAAUGCAGUCCACUCACCCGACCGUCAUAACAAAAACAGAGGUGCACCUGUAAACACAGAAACCACUGAUGUUAUACUAUUAUAGAUGAUAGCUGUGCUGAGAUCCCGGCUUCAAUGCAGUCAGUCCACUCACCCGACCAUCACAGAGAAAAGAGUGAUGCGCCUGUAGACAGAGCACCCAUUGACUGUAGAUGUCCAUCGGUGUGUGCUGUGCUGAGAUCCCGGCUUCAAUGCAGUCCAUUCACUCAACCAUCACAGAGAAAACAGAGGUGCACAGAAACCACUGAUGUUAUACUGUAGAUGAUUGCUGUGCGGAGAUCCAGCACCCAUUGACUCU